UAUCAGCCUCAUUACUCAGUGAGAAUCUGGCACAAAAACUGCAAUGAUUCAUAAGUUGCUCUUAUAUGCUUUAGUGUCACAUUCCCCAAUAGCUUCAGUAUAUACACAGACAGAGGAAGUUAAAAAAUUUAAAUCUAAACCACCAAUUCUUCAACUGCAAUGUGCUGUAUUUUUCUUUCAGGAAACGUGCCUAAGAAUCAAGAUGCAGACUGCUCAGGAACGUAAGCCAAAAAGACCCCACUACAUUCCCCGUCCGCCAGGCAAGCCCUUCAAGUACCAGUGUUUCCAGUGUCCUUUCACCUGCAAUGAGAAGUCCCACCUCUUCAACCACAUGAAAUACAACUUGUGUAAAAACUCAAUCUCCCUGAUGUCACAGAAAACCGGGCAAACAGCUCGACAGGUCAAGGCUGUAGCAAAGGGAGUCCCUGUCAAAUCUAAGGACUGUCCAAGCCCCCAGCAAGCAGCUCAGAACAGCAGUCCUGAGAAACAGGGAGUUGAAGAGAACAAAGAUGAGAGCAGAGAAGACACAGAACAUGUAGAUGUUGGGUGUGAGAGUCCAGUCAACAAGGACAGCCAGAAUGUGACAGAACCAAAUACAGUUACAGAGACAGAGAACAAGGAGAGCAAUGAGGCCAAGUCUCUGCCGCGCCCAUCUGCCUUCUCCCCUGUCACACCCAACCGUGACGGAGCAGAUGCCUUCAAGUCAUCUGUGCAGCAGUCGGAGGACUCACAAACUCCUGCUCCUACUUUCAACCAACCAGGCUUCCCAUGGGGCACAAUGUCAUCUUCCAUUCCCUUAAAACCAUUACCCCCUGCCAUGGUUCCUGAAUACUCUACUUAUCUCCUGCCUGACCGGCCCCUCUAUCCAUCAUACUACCUCCCAGGAAAUCCCCAUGCGAAUGAGCCAAACUCUCCUUCUUUCCGGCCAGAGUUUCUGGAUCCCCAGAGGCCUGUGGUGCCGCAACCCAUUGCAGCACCUCACACUUCCCUCUUUCCUCCAUACACAUACAGAUACUGCCACCCUCUUCACCCGCCCCACCCUUUGCAUUAUGCCCUGUACAGGCCACAUGAGCUCUCCAUGCCAAUUCCAGGACCCAGAUAUAUUCCUUUGGAUUUGUACGGCCAGACCCUUGGGCCAAAGGAUUAUGACUUAUACACAUAUUCACGCCUCAGACCCAACAGCCUCAACACAUCUACACAAGAGCAGAGCAACCAUGGGCAGAGUGGAGAUAAAGCAACCAGGCUAAGCCCUAAAGCGGGUUGUUCAGCCUUGGGGUCCCCUGACAGACCCAGCCAUGCACACACCAUACAGAGAGACACCGAGGUCCUGCACUACACCAGCACAAAUGAAUCACAAACAACUCCCGAACAAGGACACGCAGAUAGCGCCGUGCAACCCAUCAAACAUGACUCAAGACAAGAAAAGUGUGCUGAAAGCUUGCUGCAGUUAAGAACUCUGCAUGUGGAUGGAGGGUCAGCUGAGAGCAGCAGAUAUUCCUCCAUGUCUGUCUCUGAGCCAUGUCCUGAAAUGUCAGAAGAAGAGGAUGAGGACAGCAGAGAAGAUCUGGCUCCCCUAAACCUCUCAACAAGAAAGCGGGAUAAAGAAAAAAGCCCAUCUGACCACGGACUGAGGUGCUUAGACAAUGAGACAUUAAAAGGGGAUGAGUUGCCUCUGAACCUCAGCCUUCGAGCUUCUCACAGCAGCCCUGAGGAUCUCCAGCAGAGGCCCGAUGCUGAGCUACAUGAAGAACCAUGUGACCAGAGGCAGACUGCAGCACUGGCACUCUGUCAACUUGCCACUGCAAGCUCUGCUGCCUCCGCAUGUGACUUCAGCACUGCAGACGGGCCCUCAAAGGAUUCCACAGAUGCUACAAGUCCUAACUUUCCAGGGAAGACCAAGCACACACCCAAAACUAAGGCAACUGGCAUGAAAAGAGCAAACAGUGGCCAGGCUGAAAACAACUGCCAUAAACCACACAAGAGAGGAAAAGCACCAGGACGGGUUCUGAGACGGAGGCCUCGUUGAUGCUAACAAAUACACUCUGACUGUUAUAAUAUUUAGUAAUAAGGACAUAACAUCUCCAACAUUUACGACUGCAAGCCUCAAUGGGAAAGGAUCAACUUAUUGAAAAAUAAUGUUAAAAUGUUAAUUAAGCACUGAAAGAUUUGAUAAUGCUUGCAGGAGCAAAUGUAACAUGUAAAAAUCUGCCACGAGGUCAAUUGUUAAAAAAAAAAAAUGCAAAGACUUCACACAAGUAUGUAAAUAUUAUUUUACUUUUUCUCACACUUGAUUGGAAAAGGUGAAAAGCAAUAAGUAUUCUUAAUAUUUAAAUCUGGACAUAUUUUGUAAUAUAGAAAGUUGACAAUGGAUUGACUCUGUAAAUGUAAAAAAUUUGAAUAAAGAAGAAACAAAAACUGA